UCCAAUUCUCCGACCGCGCAACGUGCACUGUCAUUCUCUCAAAAAUGUCUCGGCGGUACGAUACAAGAACAACGAUAUUUUCGCCAGAAGGGCGACUAUAUCAAGUGGAAUAUGCCAUGGAGGCAGUAGGUCAUGCCGGUAUCUGCCUUGGAAUUUUGGCUAAUGAUGGCAUUGUAUUGGCAGCUGAGAGAAGAAACACAAAUAAACUCCUUGAUGAAGUGUUUGCUUCAGAAAAAAUUUACAAACUACACGAUGACUUGGCUUGCAGUGUUGCUGGUAUAACGUCUGACGCCAAUGUGUUGACCAAUCAACUUAGACUUAUAGCUCAGAGAUAUUUAUUACAAUUUCAAGAACCCAUUCCUUGUGAGCAAGUUGUUAGUUCAUUGUGUGAUGUGAAACAGGCCUAUACACAGUUUGGGGGUUUGAGGCCAUUUGGUGUGUCUAUUCUAUACAUGGGUUGGGACAAACAUUAUGGUUAUCAGCUGUACCAGAGUGACCCCAGUGGUAACUACAGUGGAUGGAAGGCAACAUGCAUAGGAAAUAACAGUGUGGCUGCAGUUUCUAUGCUGAAACAAGAGUACAAGGAAGAGGAGAUGACAUUAAAAGAUGCUCUUAAAUUGGCAGUUAAAGUGCUAGACAAGACUUUGGAUAUCACAAAAUUAACACCUGAUAAAGUUGAGAUGUCAACCUUAACUAGAGAAAAUGGCACAACAACAAUCAAGAUUCUAGAAGCUGGAGAAGUUGACGCAUUGAUCAAAGAACAUGAACAAGUGAAAGCAGAAGAAGCAAAGCAAGCUGCUGCCAAGAAAUAAACUGUAGUUUUAAUUUAUGAAAAUCCUCGCACUUCCUUAUAAACCUUAUUUGUUGUUAGCAACUUUGUAUUGAAUGUGGCAACCUCAGAUGCAGUCAAAACCCGGGACAGAUGUUGAAUGCAAGACAUUAAAAAUUAUUUUACAAUACUUUGUAGGUCUGGACAAGUCAUGGAUAAACUUUGUUCAAGGAACUUUGUAAGAAUAAAUCUCACUUAAACACUUCCAAGUCCAAAUUUCAGCAUCCCGGUUCUCUUGUCACAUGCAGCUUUUAUCUUUCUCCUGAAAGAAUUUGAUAGAAGGGUUUCUUUCUAAAUAGUUCAAUCAGGCCUUAAUUUUCAUACCAGACUGAUAAUGCCAAACUUCUUCCUGUCAAGAAAUCUUUCUAUUAAGUAUUAGAGAGGAUUGUAUGAUGAGGACAAAAACACUAACAAGAGAAUUUGGUUUAAAAUGUAGAGAGAAUGGUGCAAACUGAUUACAUCUUGCUCGAUGCUGCAUGUACAUUUUGUAGUUAUGUAUUACCUGAAAGUUGGAAAGGCCAUUAAACAUGUUUAUUAAAUAGAUGCUAAAAGAAACAUUUGUUUUGGAAACUAUGUGUAACAUAUCUUAUCAGUUGAACACUGAGCUCUGAAAUAUAAACCUGGGAUUCAGCUUAACCAGGAUUCACUAGGUCAGAUUUUUAUGCAAAAUGAAGCUGUCCUCUCUUUAGCAAGAUACAUUGGUAUGUUGCAGAGUCUGAGGUGCUAACUAACAGGUACACUGUACCCAGAGUUAAGCUUGGGGUCCCUUUCAUAUAAUGUUUAUUUCUACUUACUCUUUAUGUACUUAAUAGUAAUAAAAACUGUGUUUUAUGCA